CAACCGAAGACAUGGAGAAAGGACCGUUUUCUAGCCGAUCACAGUGACAAGCUUGUGCAACAACCCAGAACUGAAGAGAUUCAUUCGAAAGGUUACAAAAUUGUGGAUGAGGAAGCUCAGUUUCGCCUAAGCACUGUCCACAACAUGGCAGCCGAUCCCAAGACAUCUAAGGUGAAUUUGGUGAACGCACUAUAUCCAGAAGGCGAUCACUUCUUCGUUGUCUGCACCACAGGCGAUUCACUCUACUCUGCACCGAGAACCUCGAUAUUUUGCUCUCAACAUCGUUCAACCAUACCUGUUAUGUAUUUGGCCUUUAACACCUUUCUCCGCGACUGUAGUUAG